CCCCUGGUGCCCCUCAGGGCCUGCAUCCCACCAUGUCAGUGGCUGUGGAGACCUUUGGCUUCUUCAUGGCAGCCGCAGGGCUGCUGAUGCUGGGGGUGACCCUGCCACACAGCUACUGGCGAGUGUCCACUGUGCACGGGAAUGUCAUCACCACCAACACCAUCUUCGAGAACCUCUGGCACAGCUGCGCAACCGACUCCCUGGGAGUCUACAACUGCUGGGAGUUCCCGUCCAUGCUGGCCCUCUCCGGAUACAUCCAGGCCUGCCGGGCACUCAUGAUCACCGCCAUCCUCCUGGGCUUCCUGGGCCUCUUCUUGGGCAUGGUGGGGCUGCGCUGCACAAACAUUGGGGGCAUCGUGCUCUCCAGGAAGGCCAAGCUGGCGGCCACUGCAGGGGCCCUGCACAUACUGGCUGGUUGCUGCGGGAUGGUGGCCAUCACUUGGUAUGCCUCCAACAUCACCCGGGACUUCUUUGACCCCUUAUAUCCAGGAACCAAGUAUGAGCUGGGCCCUGCACUCUACCUGGGCUGGAGUGCCUCCCUGUUGGCCAUCCUGGGCGGUGUCUGUCUCUGCUCCAACUGCUGCAGGGCCUCGGACCAGGACCCCGCAGCCAGCGCCCGGCUCUCCUACAAGGCCUCCGCAGUGCGGCCCGCUGCCGUUGCUACCCACCUGCCCUCCGCAGCCUCGGAUGGAGAAGGCAACAACAGCUUUGGCAAAUACGGGAAAAACGCUUACGUAUAGAAGCCCUGGCCUGUAGGCUCUAUUCCCUUCCCACUGUCCCCAGCGGAAAGGGGUCCCUCGAACCCAGGGCAGCAGACACAGGCCCUUGCUUGGUGUUACCACCUCGGGGACAAGCCAUACCCGGGGCUCCACCUAGGGCCUGGAAGCCACACCCAGCGCAGGCCCCGCCUCUUCAGUCGGAGCUGCUU